AUGGGUGAAGCAAAGAACGACCGUAAGCGCUCCCACACCGAAGCCGAGGCGCUCGAUCCCGCUUCCUUCGAAGACCGCGACAAUGGCGAUGUGAAAUCGAAAACCGCAAAGAGAGCCCGAACCGAGGACCGACGUUCGCUCUUUGUUCGCUCGCUGCCUCCUGGCGCCACAAGUGAAAGCCUGACCGACUUCUUCUCUCAGCAUUACCCGGUCAAGCACGCUACCGUUGUUGUCGAUCAAAAAACCAAGGAAUCGAGAGGUUACGGUUUCGUAACGCUCGCCGACGCAGAGGACGCUGCUGAGGCUAAGAAGUCUUUGAACAACCAAGACUGGAACGGACGACGAAUCCGCAUCGAUGUUGCUGAGCCAAGACAAAGAAACAAUACUACUGGCGAGAUCCCUGCCCAUAAGGCUCGCAAGGAGGAAAUCCAAAGGCCCAACAAGCUGAUUGUGCGCAAUUUGCCUUGGAGUAUCAAAACUUCGGAACAACUGAACCAUCUCUUCCGAAGCUUUGGAAAGGUUAAAUUUGCCGAUCUUCCCCAAGACAAGGGUAAGCUCAAGGGCUUUGGUUUUGUUACCCUCCGUGGAAGGCCGAACGCCGAACGCGCACUGGAAGCCAUCAACGGCAAGGAAAUCGACGGAAGAACUCUGGCUGUCGAUUGGGCUGUUGAUAAGGAUACUUGGGAUAAGCAGCAGCCAGAGGAGGAGAAGAAUACAAAGGCCAAGAAAGAACAAGCAAAGAAAGACGAGGAGGAAGAUGAGGACGACCUGACAUCUUCAGAUGGAAGCGAGGAUGAGGAUGAGGAUGAUGACGAAGAGGACAAGGAGGGCGGUGCCGAGGUUAAUCGAGACGAUCAGUUGGACGCCGAUCUGAAGAACUUUUUCAAGAACCAUAUGGAGAAUCUCGAGGAUGAGGACGAUGAGAACGAAGAUGAGGACAACGAAGACGAGGACGACGAGGAGAUUGAGAAAGAGCUACAAGUCCUGGCCCCCAAAAGGAUGACAGACAAUACGUCGACUGUCUUCAUUCGCAAUCUGCCGUUCACUACUACGGACGAACAGCUUAAGGACUUUUUCGGUCACUUCGGUAAAAUUCGAUAUGCCCGAGUGGUCAUGGACAAGGUUACUGAAAAACCUGCCGGUACCGGAUUCGUUUGCUUCUUCGAUGCCGACGAAGCCAAGAGCUGUAUCAAGAACGCUCCUCGCCCGCAAGCACCUGUGGCUGUCAGCGGUGCCAAGACUUCGAUCCUCCAAGACGAGAGUGCUGAUCCUGAUGGAAAGUAUACGCUCGAUGGACGUCUACUCCAGAUUGCACAGGCGGUGAACAAGCAAGAAGCCACCAACCUUGCCGACAACUCCCUCGCUAAGCGCAACGAAAAGGACAAGCGGAAGCUUUUCCUGUUGAGCGAGGGUGUCAUCGACCGAAGCUCACCUCUCUUCAACCUCCUUACAGCUCCAGAGAUGCAGCUGCGGGAAGCCAGUGCAGCUCAGCGCAAGAAGCUUGUCCAGGGUAACCCGAGUCUGCACUUGAGUCUGACUCGAUUGGCCUUACGUAACAUCCCCCGCAACAUGGACUCAAAGGAUCUCAAGGAACUUGGACGAAAGGCUGUUGUCGAGUUUGCCAGGGAUGUCAGAGCCGGCCGCCGACAACCGCUAUCGAAGGAGGAGAAUGCACGAGAUGGCAAGGACGCCAAGGAGAAGGAGCAUGAACGCAAGGCCAAGGGCAAGGGUAUCAUUCGUCAAGCAAAGAUUGUCUUCGAAAGUGGUCAAGGACAGAAGAUGUCAGAGAAGGACGGCGGUAAGAGUCGUGGCUAUGGUUUCAUCGAGUACACUUCGCAUCAUUGGGCACUAAUGGGACUUCGAUACCUCAACGCUCAUCAGCUCGAGAAUGAAGUUGGCAAGAAGCAGAGGCUGAUUGCUGAGUUCGCUAUCGAGAACGCUCAGGUCAUCCAGCGACGACGUGCCAAUGAGGAGAGGUCUCGGCAGCUGAAUCCAGAGCACAACAAGGGUGCAAAGACUGAGGGCCAGUUCAAGACAAAUGCCCAAUAUACGAAGGACGACAAGAAGCGUGCUCGCCAAGGUGACAGAGCUGACAGGGGUGGCAAAGGCGAUAGGGGAGGCAGGGGCGGUAAGGGCGACAGAGGUGACAGAGGUGACAGAGGCAGCAAGGGUGAUAGGGGUCGUAAGGGUGAUACAGCUGUCAAGAAGGUAGACAGCAAGCCGGUUGAGAAAGAGGCUGGUCAAAAGACCGACUCACAGGAGGACAAGGAUUUGAAGCACAGGAUGAUCCAACGGUCAAGAGUCAUGCGGAAGAAGAAGGCUUUGGGCCGGGCUGGAAAAUAG